CUGGCUCUGGAUCUCAGUGUAUUCUAUACAUGUCAAGCAAAGCCUCACAAUGCCGUGCUUACUAAACCCUGGAGCUUAGGAAUUCGCUGUGAUGUCGCUGUUCCCAGACCCCCCCUUCGCCCCUCUGUGGUGGAUCCACUGUGUGAGGCUCUGAUAGACAAGCUUGGCAGGUGGACCGAGCGAGCGACAUCACCUGUUUGGGAAAUCUGUGAAGAGGAGAAAGAGAAGAGUCUUUGGGGAGCUGAGAUCUUGCUCCCGCUUGCCUAUACCCAUCCCCUCUUCCUUGCACACACACACACAAACACACACGCACGCACACAUUUGCCUAUCCCUUCUUCCCUCCCCACUUGUCUCCUCCACUCUUGGAUGCUGGGUGGUGAACGGCAGGACUGACUCUCUUGGCUGAGCCACAUGGAGGCACAGGGAGGGGCUCCCAGCCCAGAGCCUAAUAAAGACAUCCAGAAGCUGCUAAAGCCCUCCAGCUCAGGCAACCUUUCUCAGGAGCUGUUCCAGCAGAAUGCUGCAAGCGAGGAAGAAGAGGAGGAAGGUGGCCUGGUAGGACACACCGCGAGCCUUCUGCACAUCUCUGAAAAGAGACAACCUCUGAGCAGUGUGUCAUCUUUAGAAGUCCACUUUGACCUCCUAGACCUCACCGAGCUGACUGACAUGUCAGACCAAGAGCUGGCCGAAGUCUUUGCCGACUCUGAUGAGGAGAACCACAAUGAGUGUCCACCAGGCUCCCAGCAGGCAGUGCUGGCCAAAGGAGGUUACAUGCGCUCCCCCUCGUGGACACGCUGCAGCAAGGUGGAGCACCCCAGGGAGAGGAAGCACCACAGCGACUCAGACACCGCAGAGCCCUUAAUGAAGCUGGAAAGGUCAAAACAACCUUGACAUGUUGUGUGUGUGUCUGUGUGUGACACAGGUGGAAUGAAGCUCAGAGCAGCCAGCCAGCACCAGAGUGGACCACUGACACUGUUUUAUGGUGCUGAUGAACAGUUGAGGAGUUCAUGGUGAACUCUGGACACAUUGCUCUGUGUUCUAAAGAUGCGCAGUAAACACACACACACACACACACACACACACACACACACACAAACCUUCCUUCUCUGCUCUUGUUGCACUCUUGAUGAGUUGAAGUUCUGUUUUGAAGUGACUAACAGGGUAGUAACACAGCCCCCAUCAAGGUGGAAACUGCUACUUUCAAAUUGCUGAAAUCAUAUGUUCUUUUCCCCAUUCUUCUUAACAUGUUCAAAAUGAUGACUGACACUAUUUCUUCUAGUUUAAGUUGGUCAUCCAAAACCCAAAAAAUGACAGAAGGAAGUAACUGAGCUAAUGUGACUUUGCAUGAAUGCCAAACACACAAUCAAGUGCCCAUACCUGAGAAGAGACAGCCCGCUGACUUGAUUUAUUUUUAAUUAAGUUAAUACCUGGACUGAUAAUCAUCUUGAAUGGGGUGAGUGACUGUAAGAGGAAUAAAAUAAAAGUCAUGGAAAACUAUGCGUUGUUGAGUUAUUUGUAAUUAAGAGAACAAUCCAUAAACUGUGUACCACCUUUUUAAAAAUUUGCAGCACAAGGAUGAGGCAAAGUUAAGCAUUCACCUUAUUGUUGACUUAAUUUUCCCCACAGUUGAUCAAUUCAACUCUCCUUGUCUUUCACAGGCUGCAAUAGCCUCAUCUGAUCUGCUGUGGUCAUAGCCUCAACAUGAGGAUCCCGUUUACGGUAGCACACUACAGUGAGUACACCAAUCACAUGUCUGCAAAUAUUGAAUUAUAUCUUUUCAUGGGACAACACUGAAGACAUUACAUUCUAAUACAAUGUAGUCAGUGUACAGCUUGUACAACUGUACAGAUUUCCCCUAAAAUGACUCAACACACAGCCAUUUAAUGUCUAAACAUCUGGCAACAAAAGUGAUUACACCGCUAAGUGAAAAUGUCCAAAUUGGACCCAAAAUGUGGAUACUGUAUUUUGUGUAGCUAGUGGAUACCAUUAUUUUCCACCUUCUGUGUGAGGACGCCCCACUGAUGCUCAAUAGAGUUUAGGUCCGUCACCUUUACCCUCAGCUUCUUUAGCAAGGCAGUGGAUGUCUUGGAGGUUAUUUUUAGGGGGACAGUAAACUUACACUGUUAUACAUGCUGCACACUGACUACUUUACAUUGUAUCAGCAUAAGUAUAGUUUCUUCAGUGUUGUGCCAUGACAAGAUAUAAUACAACAUUUGCAGUAAUGUGAGCGGUGUACUCCCUUUUGUGAGGCACUGUGUCAACCCCUGGAUUAGAGUGGCAACAUUGUUAGUUUGAAAUGAUCUUUGAGCUAUAGAAGCCUUAUUGAGGGUUACUGAGCUCAAAAACCUCAUUAGUCUGAGCAGUUGUACCUAAUGGAGGCAAGGGAAGGCACGUUUAUUCAUAUUGCACUUGUCCAUAAUGUCAAAGACAGCAACGUUUUUCAAGGUAAACAA